CGAGCGCGCCCCGGCCCCGCGCCCCCCAACGGCCCCCAACCGCCGCGCAGUCCCGAGGCGCCAUGAGGGGCCCGCGCUGCGCCCCGCUGCUGCUCCUGCUGCUGCUGCCGCCGCUGCUGCUCACGCCCCCCGCCGGGGACGCCGCCGUCAUCACUGGGGCCUGCGACAAGGACCCCCAGUGUGGUGGAGGCAUGUGCUGUGCUGUUAGUAUCUGGGUUAAGAGCAUAAGGAUUUGCACACCUAUGGGCAAAGUGGGAGACAGCUGCCAUCCGCUGACUCGUAAAGUUCCAUUUUUUGGGCGGAGAAUGCAUCACACAUGUCCAUGUAUGCCGGGCUUAGCCUGUUUACGGACUUCAUUUAAUCGAUUUAUUUGUUUAGCCCGAAAGUAAUCACUUCAGAGUAGAAACUUUAAAUGUGAACAACCACAUGAUGUCUGUAAAGUCUAUUUACUUGUGAUUGUGCCCAACAAGUAUAAUAUGCCAGAAAGAAAUGCUCUUGCUUCCUCAGCUAUCCAAGUAACGUUUCUAUCUUUGAUGUUUAAAUGACUUUUUUUUUUUUUUUCUGAAAGAGGAUUUCUAUUUUGGAUAGAAAUGUAGAGUGCGGGGCAUUAUGGAACCGGUUCUCAUUUCCCUGUUUGUGUUUUGGCUUGGUCUGGCCUUUUUUAAUGCCAGUAACUCACCCAUUUUCACAGAAAUGAGGAGAAUAAGAAUUUGGUCUUUUGUUACAGAAACUUUUUUGUCUGAAACCCCCUCACCCCAGCCCUGCCCACCACCACACACACACACACACACACACACACACACACACACACACCCUCUGGUGUCUUUUCUCUCCUCAAAGAAUUUUAAGGCCCCCACUUAUUCUUUGCCAUUUCCCUUCUGGGCCCUCUAGCAUUUUAACGAGGGGAACAGGGUUGUUAGAUAUCCUUUAGCUUGCUGGGAAAAUCAGUGUGGAAAAUCAAGCUUUUUUGCCUGAUACUUAAACAGCAAAGGGUGUGUGGUUGAACUAGACACUCCACAAUUUUCCUGGACGAAGUAGAGGUGGGCAUACUCUCCAGCUUUCGUGGACCCUGUCCAUGCAACAGAACCUCAGAUCCGCUGUGUGACAGGUGUGAGCUCAGAAGGCAUGGAAAGUCCAUUUAGACCUUAUUUCUAGAUUUAGGGUUUUUUGGGUUUUUUAGUAAGAAACACUUCUCCAAUAUGUUACACUUCUUUUUCUUCCUGUGAAGUUUAUUUUUUAAGUCUCAUGAUUAGAGAUGUUCCAGAAAAUGUCCCUUGAAGAGGAAGUAUUAAUUUUAAUCUGGCAUAACACUAGUUACCAUUUUAAAGUCGGUAUUAAGUUGUAAUUUAAACUUUACUUGUAACCAAAAGGUCUAUUGUAAUGGGUUACCUGACAUCCUGCCAUGUGUCCCUAUAUCAAUAUUGCUGUGUAAAAAUUCUGUAUCAGAAUAAUGACAGUAUUGUAUAUCAUUUGAUUUAUUUUAAUAUUAUAUCCUUAUUUUUGUCACAGUUGUUGUCAGUUUUUAUUACAAGCAGAUUUCUAUUAGCUCACAUUCUAAAAUGGGUAAAGACCCCCAAAUUGGUAAAAUAGCACCAACAGUAUUUGCGUGUUCACUUUACAUACAGGAAAGUUCUGUUUGCAUGAAUUUUAAGGUAGUACAAAAAAUAAACAAUGUGUAAAUCGGUGAGGGUUUUGGAACAAGAAAGAAACUUGUGAUAUGCAGAACUGGUUGUAAUCAGGAAUGGACUCAUGGGAUUUCACUGUAUUGAUUCAGCAUAUAGUGACCCAGUGUUUACCAAGAGUGGUCAGGCAGGAUGCGAGGCGAUAGCCUUAAGGUGAUGCCAGUGGCCCAGCCUUGCAAAACCCACCAAGUAUUGUAAAUGGAAUCAACGUCAACAAAUAAACAGCUUAUGAAAUGUGUUCAACUGAGUAAACUUGACCAUGCCAACCCACUAACCGUUGCAAAAAAAAAAAAAAAAAGAAA